CCUUGGUUCGCAUACACGGAUGAAGAAUCGAGGUUUUUUUUUAGGGACGUUAGACCGAACAAUUUCAACAAAUUUCACCGGCGAUCGGCAUGGCAGACGACGGUAAUCAUCAUCCCCAGGGUAUCCCCCACAGUAUCAACUCAAACUUUGACGAUGAUUUUGAGAAGUCCGAUGAAAACUCGCCGUUGUUGUCAAGCGGUGUUCCGCGGGGAGCGAGUUGCAACGAUGUCGAGUACCGGGGCCCGCUGACGGGUUGCGGGGCAUGGAAGCUCUGUGACCCGCGGAGCGCCUGGCACCGUUACACCUUCAUACUGAUUCUAACUUGUCUACUCAGUUUCGGAAGCUACUACUGUUAUGACACCCCCUCUGCACUGGAGGAAGUCAUCAAAGACGAUAUGCAAAUUGAUACAUCAACCUAUGAACUGCUAUACUCCCUGUACUCAUGGCCAAACGUAGUGCUUUGUUUCUUUGGAGGAUUUCUGUUGGACAGAGUGUUUGGCAUCAGAAUUGGAACUCUCGUUUUUGGUGGUUUCGUCCUUACAGGACAGUUGAUCUUUGCACUUGGAGCUCUGUUCGACAGUUGGAUCUGCAUGGUCGCCGGACGAUUUGUUUUCGGGCUUGGUGGUGAGAAUCUAGCUGUUGCACAGAAUACGUAUGCAGUCACAUGGUUUAAAGAGAAAGAGUUGAACAUGGUGUUUGGGCUACAGCUCAGCUUUUCUAGAAUUGGCAGCACGUUGAACAUGAAUGUCAACAAGCCAAUUUAUGACUCGAUCAACAAUGACUUGUUACCAUACCAACGUCUGGGAUACACUCUUCUUGUUGGUGUUGCUAUGUGUGUGUUUUCUGUCAUUUGCGGGAUUGUUAUCGGUAUCCUGGACUUCCGUGCUGAGAAACUUUUGAACAGAAAUAAGGCCAGCACAGGAGAAGUUAUCCGGAUUCGUGACAUCAAGGAUUUCCCGGCCAAUCUCUGGCUGAUCUUUCUCAUCUGUGUUUUCUACUACAUCACAGUCUUUCCGUUCAUCACAAUUGGAGUAGUCUUCUUUUCGGAGAAGUACGAGCUGACUCCUGCCGCGGCGAACAUCGUCAACAGCCUGGUGUACUUCAUUUCUGCUGGCGCUUCUCCAAUCUUUGGCUUCAUUGUGGACAAGACAGGACGCAACAUCUUCUGGGUGAUCAUAGGAACAGUCAUCACCCUGGGGUGCCACCUAACUCUGGCGUUUACUUUCAUUACGCCCUUCGCUGUCAUGUCAGUGAUGGGACUAGCCUACUCCAUCCUGGCAUGUUCUCUCUGGCCACUGGUUGCUUUCAUCAUGCCAGAACACCAACUCGGCACUUCCUAUGGCUUUAUGCAGUCUAUUCAGAACCUUGGUUUGGCUGUGGUGUCCAUCAUUGUGGGCGUCAUAGUCGAUGGAAGCGGCUACCUGAUCUUAGAAGUCUUCAUGUGUGCCAUGCUGUGUGUGGCAAUCAUGUUCAGCGUACUGUUGUACCUCAUCGAUGCCUCCCGUGGAACCGGUCUGAACUUCUCCGCCAAGGAGCGCAGACUGAUCAAGGAGGCUAAAAAACGGGAGAAGGAAAUGCAAACCAGUUGUGAUUAGGAAUAACAAAGUAAGUCUAAGAAACAGUUAUAAAACUGUAGCAACUGGCGUUCUGUGUGCGCAUGCAUACGGGUGUGUUUGUUGCUCGCUGUGCAUGCUGUUCCCAUGCACAGCAGAGUUGGGUUCAAACAUUUCAUGAAAGGGUAGUUUAGAUAAGUGUGAUUAACUUUCAACUUAUUUUUGUAUUGAAAUUGAAGAAAACUUUUAUUGGAUUUUGGUUAAAUCAAUUUAUGACUCAAAGUCGAGCAGAAUUGGUUAGGUAUUAUAAAACAAAUAUUGACUGCUUUUUCUCGUGGCGUAGUAAAACUAGCCUCCCUCAGUGAUAUAUACUGUUCCAUGUCGCCCGGCUACGCAUCUGGAAGACACACUAGUCGGAGCAGUCAAGAUUUGUAUAGUAUAACUCAUUAUUUUGUAAAAUAUCUAGACAUAUCAGACGUUAUACGGGAGAAUUGGCUCCGUGGAUAACGGGCGAUACUCAGACUACCAGCUGGUGGGCUUGGGAGUAAAAAAAUAAUGUAAGUUAAAGAAGAAUAGAGAUAAGGCUGAUAUUAUUUGCCUUUGUAGAACUUAGCAAUUUAUAAUUACUGUUCUUUUCAAUGAAUAUUAAAGUUUUUGUAUAAUUAGCACAUUUAAGGCCACUUUAAAUAUAUACUGCAGUUGAUUAAAAUACCUAAAUUUAUAAAUUGAUGGUGUUGGGAAAUUAUACAGUUUAUUGGAAGCAUAAAGGGCUUCCUGCUGUUGUCUGAAAUGUCUGCCUAAAUGUUUGCCAUUGUGUAAUGAAGGAAAAUUGGGAAUUACUUAACUCUAAACUUUUAUUGGAGAAGCUUUCCUGAUCUGCCAAAAUGCAACCCUGUACAGAAACUCAGAAUGGAUUGUAAUUGGAAGUUGAAAGGUUUUGAAUUCCUUAAUCAACAGUGGCAGAGAUAUCAUUGUUUCCAUGUUUUUUUCCCCCCCAAAAUAUUGCACUUAAGAUUGCAUUUGUAGAUUUAAGGUAGUCAGGGUUUACUAAGUAACCCAUUAGCACAAAAGUAAGUUGUUUUACGUCGUAUUUCUUUCUAUUUUCUAGAUGAAUCCAUUAAACCAUAAAGUGCUAGGGUGGUUUAGGGCAGAACAGGGAGUAACAGGCAGGGUAAUUUAAAGGCUUAGUGGGAGUACAGGGAGUUAUGAGUUAAUUUCUGAAUUUGUCCAUGAACUAUUUUCUACUUCAAAGCCAACAGUGUUUUCAACAGGAUUUGGGUUCAGAAAUUUUAAAGGUCUGCCAAAAUGCAACCCUGUACAGAAAAUCAGAAUGGAUUGUAAUUGGAAGUUGAAAGGUUUUGAAUUCGUUAAUCAAUAGUGGCAGAGAUAUCAUUGUUUCCAUGUUUUUUUUCCCAAAAAUAUUGCACACGAUUGCAUUUGUAGAUUUUAGGUAGUCAGGGUUAACUAAGUAACCCAUUAGCACAAAAGUAAGUUGUUUUACGUCAUAUUUCUUUCUAUUUUCUAGAUGAAUCCAUUAAACCAUAAAGUGGUCGGGUGGUUUAGGGCAGAACAAGGAGUAACAGGCAGGGUAAUUUAAAGGCUUACUGGGAGUUAUGAGUUAAAUUCUGAAUUUGUCCAUGAAGUAUUUUCUACUUUAAAGCCCACAGUGUUUUCAACAGGAUUUGGGUUCAGAAAUUUUAAAGGUCUGUAAUGAACUGAACUUUGCUAUUGGAAGUACAUGUAGAAGUAAAAUAUGUACUAUAGAUAUUGACCUGUUCAAUGAAACAUGGACUUAAAUCAAUCAAAAAUAUGUUGUUUAAAAAAGACGACCAGAAAAAUACAAUGUCCGAAACUACCUUGCAGUGGUUGAGUACUUUAAUCUCUAAAUAAGCCCAUAGUUGGAUUAAUUGUUUGUAAAAUUAAUUUUUGCCGUACAGUAAGCCUUUUCAUUGUAUUAUAAACAUUUUGUAUAUUAAAAUUAUGUUGUCUGUUGGAAACGUGCAGAACAAAGACAGCAAUAACAAAGUUCCUUCCAUUCAUGAA